UCCGAAUCGGUCGCCCGCAAUGCCCCUCGCAUCCUGGACCACCACUUGACGCAGUAACCGACCAUGGCGGACGAGGACAAUUUCGACACUGGGGACAUGUUCCAGGAUCCGGAGGGGUUCUACGAGCCCGAACCGGAGCCCAGCUUUGCGGAGCAUCACAUGCUGUCUGGACAGACGGUGCGCGUCCGCCUGGUGGGCAGCCAUCCUCUCUACGGCAACCUCCUCUGGAACGCCGGCCGCACCAGCUCCCACUACCUCGAAGAACACGCCGACCGACUCGUCAAGGGGAAGGAUGUGCUGGAGAUCGGCGCGGCGGCGGGCGUCCCUAGCAUCGUCAGCGCCGUCCUGGGCGCCCGCACCGCCGUGAUGACCGACUACCCGGACGUGGACCUGGUCGAGAACAUGCGCCACAACGCGGGGCUGUCGGCCGCGCUGGUCGGCCGCGACUCCGCGCUGCAUGUGGACGGGUACAAAUGGGGCGCCCCCGUCGAGCCGCUCCUCGCCUACCUCCCGGAGACAGCCCGGAGCCAGGGCUUUGAUCUGCUCAUCAUGGCCGACGUGGUGUACAGCCACCGCGAGCACCCGAACCUGAUCAAGACGAUGCGCGCGGCGCUGAAGCGCGCCCCGGACGCCGUCGCCCUCGUCAUCUUCACCCCCUACCAGCCGUGGUUGCUGCCCAAGACGGAGAAGUUCUUCCCGCUGGCCGAGGAGAACGGGUUCCACGUCACGAAGAUCUUCGAGAAGGUGAUGGACGAUGUGUUGUUCGAGAAUGAUCCGGGAGAUGAGCGGCUGCGGAGGACGGUGUUUGGAUAUGAGAUUCGGUGGACGGAGGAGGAGUUGAAAUAGACGGGUUGAGUGAGACAUGGAUUGGGUUGCAUGGCUGGUGUUGCGCUGGGGUGCAGGGUACAGGGUACAGUACAUACAAAAGUGAUUGUUUACUUGGAUAGACGGGCGUAUACCCCUUAU